UCUCAUUUCUGGUUCGCAUCUCACCCACGGCUCUCUCUCUAUAUAGAGUGUGAAAUCCACUCCGGACCAACCACUACUGAGCUUUCUCAUGUGGCUAUGAAUCUUUGAAGAUUCUAUUCUUUUCUUUCUUUAAAUUUGUUACUUCUCACAUUUCUCUUUUACAAACUCAUCUCCACAGAGCUGCCUCUGAAAAUCAUCCUCCCUCUUCUCUUCUGGGUAUUGAAUUUGUUAGCCUACUCUUUGGGACUUCUCCUUCAAAUUUCUAUCUGGGUCAAGAAAAAUCGGCUAGAUGGGUGAUGUAGCCAAGGACCUAGUUUCUGGGACUGUUGGCGGGGCAGCACAGUUGAUUGUUGGGCACCCUUUUGAUACCAUCAAGGUCAAACUCCAAAGCCAACCCGCCCCACUUCCAGGCCAGCCUCCCAAAUUCUCGGGUGCAAUGGAUGCUGUCAGGCAAACAUUAGCAUCAGAAGGCCCAAGGGGUUUGUACAAAGGUAUGGGAGCACCACUUGCCACAGUGGCGGCCUUCAAUGCCGUCCUCUUCACAGUGAGAGGACAAAUGGAAGCUUUAUUGAGGUCUGAACCUGGUGCCCCUCUUACAGUCAACCAACAGGUCAUUUGCGGUGCUGGGGCUGGAGUUGCAGUCUCCUUUUUGGCUUGCCCCACUGAAUUGAUCAAGUGCAGGUUGCAAGCCCAGAGUGCACUGGCAGACUCUGGCUCAGCUGCUGUGGCUGUGAAAUAUGGCGGGCCCAUGGAUGUAGCUAGGCACGUUCUCCGCUCAGGAGGUACGAGAGGUCUCUUCAAGGGCUUGUUUCCCACUAUGGCACGUGAAAUACCAGGAAAUGCUGCAAUGUUUGGCGUCUAUGAAGGCCUCAAGCAAUACCUCGCAGGAGGGCAAGACACUUCCAAGUUGGGAAGAGGUUCUUUGAUUGUCGCUGGAGGCUUGGCUGGAGCUUCCUUCUGGGCCUCUGUCUAUCCAACUGAUGUUGUCAAGAGUGUAAUUCAAGUCGAUGAUUACAAAAAUCCGAAGUUCUCUGGUUCAGUCGAUGCUUUUAGAAAGAUUAUGGCCUCAGAGGGAGUGAAAGGUCUGUACAGGGGCUUUGGACCUGCCAUGGCUCGGAGCGUUCCAGCGAAUGCAGCGUGCUUCUUGGCAUAUGAGAUAGCAAGGUCUAGUUUGGGGUGACAACUAAGAAUUUGGUUGAAUGUUAACUCUUUUUAUGCCAUUGAAUCAAUUAUGUUUUUCAUGGCGUGUUGAAUCAUGUUCAGUGUAGGUUGGUUCUACAUGCCUUGAGAUACUAUAAGAUACAUUUAGAGUUUAAAGAAGGUUUUUUUGACAAACCAUAUUUAUUUAAGUUCCAUUUUCACCUUUCAA